AUGAUCUGCACCACUGUACCCAAAGCCAUGCACAAUUCCCUCUGGGACACCAGCAACAUCUCCUACUCAGGAUGUGCUACUCAUGUUUUUCUGCUGAUCUUCUUCAUGGGAGCAGAGUAUUUUCUCCUGACCGUCAUGUGCUACGACCGCUACGUGUCCAUCUGCAAACCCCUGCACUACGAGACCCUCCUGGGCAGCAGAGCUUGUGCCCACAUGGCAGCAACUGCCUGGGCCAGUGCCUUUCUCAAUGCUCUUCUGCAAACAGUCAAUACAUUUCCCCUGCCCCUGUGCCAUGGCAAUGCCCUGGGCCAGUUCUUCUGUGAAAUCCCCGCCAUUCUCAAGCUUUCCUGCUCACACUCAAAGCUCAGGGAAUUUGGGCUUCUUGUGUUUUCCAUCUGUGUAGCAUUUUGUUGUUUUGUGUUCAUGGUUUUCUCCUAUGUGCAGAUCUUCAGGGCUGUGCUGAGGAUGCCCUCUGAGCAGGGACGGCACAAAGCCUUUUCCACAUGCCUCCCUCACCUGGGCGUGCUCUCCCUUUUCCUCAGCACAGGCACAUUUGCUCAUCUGAAGCCUCCCUCCAUGUCCUCCCCAUCCCUGGAUCUGGCCCUGUCAGUUCUGUACUCGGUGGUGCCCCCAGCCCUGAACCCCCUCAUCUACAGCCUGAGGAACCAGGAGCUCAAGGCUGCCGUGCGGACAAUGAUGACUGGAUGCUUUCAGGAACAUUAA